GAAAGAGACGCGAACUGACUUCCGGUUGAAUUAACAAAGAAACAAAUCUUGAUUUAUAUUGUUGUUUUCAUAUAAAAUGGGAAAGAAACACAAAAAACAUAAAUCAGAAAAGAGAUCGCAACCUGAUACUGAAGAAAUCCAGAAAGAGCCAAUAUACACAAAAGAGAAGUCUGACAAGCCACCUGCUUUGAAACUUGUGUUGAAAGUUGGCGGAGCCCAGUCAGAAACUAUAAAGGAUAUAUACAGCCAUUCCCCACACGAAGAACGUAAACACAAACAUCACAAGAAGAAGAAAAAGAAGAAAGACAAAGACAAGGAACGACACAGACAUUCAGAAGAAAGUGGCAGCAGCAAACGCAAGUCGAAGCAUGCCGAACCGGAAGAGAGUGAAAACACACAGCCUGACGAGCCACCUGCGAAGGUUCCCGCUCUUGAGCCCGUCGUCGACAAAGAAGAAGAGUCAAUGGAUGUUGGAGAGCCAACAGAAACGGUGGACGUCAUUAAAGAUGUCCCGAAUAUCUACAACACCCAGGAGGGAGACCAUGGUGCUGCACUCCGAGAGUGUCUGCACUACUUACACAGGACCUUGCAGAAGAAAGAUGUCAAUGGCUUCUUUGCAUUCCCAGUCACUGAUGCAAUUGCUCCAGGCUACUCGAGUAUCAUCCAUUAUGCCAUGGAUUUCAGUACUCUGAACCAUAAAAUAGAAAAUGAGGAGUUUAGUGGUGUUAUGGACUUCAAAAAAGAUUUUGUAACAAUGUGCAAUAAUGCUGUGACGUACAAUAGACCCGAGACUAUUUAUUACAAGGAGGCGAAGAAACUGCUGCAUUCCGGUCUCAAGCUGAUGAGCAAGGAGAAGCUGAUGAACAUGAAGAAGAUGUUGCCGUUCAUGGGCAGUGUCACUAACGAGGAGCUAGGGGUGGACGACAACGUAGCUGCCCCCGCCGAGAUGGUGGCCAUCAUAGACGAGGAGGAGCAGAGGAUGAAGGAGCUCAAGAGACUGCAGAAGGCUAAAAAUUGUCUAAGUCGGUUUGAGGCCGUGCCUGACAAUCUGACGGCUGAUGAAAUCUUGGCGCAGGCGCAGGCUGCAGCCAAGGAGGCGAAGGAGGAGCUGACUCUGAGAAAACCACAGUGCCACUUUGGUUUCUUAAACAGAAGAAAUGAUGGAUCGACUACAAUGUCGAUAUUAAACCCAGACAAUGAUGGACUAGUGAGUGAAACGGAGAAGAUUGUGUCACUAGGAGAGUUGACCGGCAAAGUAACGAUGGGUUCUGGGUCUCUAGCUGGCUUCAAGGAAGAUAAGAGAAACAAGGUGUCUUUAGUGACAUAUCUCAACUAUGGUCCAUUCAGCAGCUAUGCUCCACAGUACGAUGCUUCCUUCGCCAAUGUUAGCAAAGAGGAAUCAGACAUUCUGUUGUCAGCGUACGGUGAUGAGACAGGAAUUCAGUAUGCCAAAAGUGUGUCGCAUUUUGUUAAAGAUGCUGACGACUAUGCCAUAAAAAUGGUGGACAACCUGUUGGAUAUUCUGACAAGGGGAGAGCAUUCUAAAUCAAAGCAAGUUAUAGCACAAAGAAAACUUUUGGAAGAAGAAAAGAAAACUCAAGAGAAAGAUAAAACAGUUUCAUCCAAGGAAGAUACAAGAGAUGUAUCAAAAGACGCAGUGGUCGACCCACUACAGCAGAGGUUGGACCAGACGGCCGGCCUGAUCCAAGAUCUGCAGCAGACGCAGCUUGAACGACUCAGUGCCUGUCCGCCAUCUCACCUCGGUCUGCUGCCCGGACCCUCCGAAAAAGAGGCCCAGCUAAAGGAAAGAGUCUCCAAGGAGUUGCAAGCACUCGCAAAGGAAGCUGUGCCGAGAGAUUUAAUCAGUGUAACAGCAGUUCGGCAGACGAUGGGCAUAACCACCAACCCUGUCAACUCAAUCAGCAACCUCACUGAGACACAACCCACGCAGCAGACCUCACAAACACCAGUUCAGACAACCGCACAGUCUCCCAGUUUUUAACAUUCACUAACAGUUCCCCAAGCAAGUUCACCAAAACACAACCCACACAUUCAUCACAAACACCAGUCCAAACACCGGCUCAGGUUUUAACUAACAACUUUGGAAAAUUCAAACCAUUCAUCAAUUUUCAUGACCGAAAAUUUACAACUCAUAUGUUUUGUUCUGUUUGUGGAAAAUACAUUUUUAAAAACCAUUUAUUCAUUUUCAUGACAGAAAAUUUGCAACUUAUUUGUAGUGUUCUGUUUGUGGAAAAUAAAUUUUUCAAGCCAUGUAUUAAUUUUCAUGACAAAACAUUUCCCAUUACUGUUUUCCACAUACUUCAAAACAAAAUUCGAGAUCUAGUCAGAUUUUAAAAACUAAAUCAUGCAACAGAUGUUAAGGCACAGAGUUCUUUAGCGUCAGUUUACAUAGUACCUUGUCAGUCAAUUGUUUUAUUUUGGGGGUGAGACUCUACAUCAAUGCAUGUUGCACCAUUUGCAUUGACCAGUUAAGUGUUGUUAAUUUCUUGGCCAGAUUCCCUUCAGUAAUGCCAGAAAAUACCAGUUAGUACUUUUAUUGUAAUGUAGCAAAGACACAUUAGUUACCAAUUACUUAAAUGUUAUCACUGAAUGUAGUAGUACAUGGAUUUGAUAAUAAAGUAAAUUACAAUUCAGAUCAUGUGUAUAAUUCAGAACCUUUUCAUACAAAAUAUUGGGAAGUUUGUCACAAUUUAAACUCAUGGAACAAUCUUUGAUUGCAAUUUGUUUCAGCGUUCUCUCUUGCCUUCAAUUUAUUAUUUUUCUUAAUCAUGGGGUUUAUUUAGUGCUCAACAAAUUACUAGGUUUGUCAGUUUAUAUGAAAAAUAUAAUUUUAAAUGUUUCUUAGGACAUCUUUGAAAUUAUACUUUACGAAAUGUCAUAUUGUUGGGGUUGUGUAUUGUAUGUGAACAUGUUGUAUAUAUGUAUAUAUUCACCCUCAAAGAUCAUCGUCAUGAUUUGUUCAACAUUCUCUGCACUACAUAAAAAAUACUUAACACUAA